UGUGGUGACAUUAAAUGCUAAGUGCACUUCUCCUGGUAUAUGCACCUAUAAAAUUUUUCAAUAAUCCAGGAGGGAGGCAAUGUAAGAUUCUUCUACCAGCUUUCGAGGACACUGAGGUUCAAAAAAACCAAGUGGUUGUGUGUUGAGUAGUUGAGAAGAGCUCACAUCCCUGGUCCCCACAAACCCCUCAAACAAGCCCCACUGAAGGCUGUUCCUGUGCCUGGUCACUCCAGCUCCUGAUGCUCUGCGACUCCCAGCUUUCUGUAAGGUGGCACUUCCGCUGGCUCCGCCCUCCGCUCCCAGUCACGAGUUGUCCCCAGGGCUCCCCCCCCUUUGCCAGCUGAUUGGGCAGCUCCUGUCUUCUGAUUGGCUGUUCUUUUUUGUGGCUCGCCAACCCAACCGGAUGUAGAAGCAGGGUUUCCGCUUCCACCUUCUCCUCUCGCUCGUCCUCCGGUAGUAGCCGCCAGCACAGUGUCCGCUGCUGGGCGGGGUGUCGGCGGAUCGGUCGGUUGGUUUCGGCUUCGGCUUCGCAGCGGUUGAGUUGGGCCGUCAUGGCUGAGUUGGAUCCAUUCGGCGCUCCCGCCGGUGCGCCCGGUGGCCCCGCGCUAGGGAACGGGGUGGCGGGCGCUGGCGAGGAAGACCCGGCCGCGGCCUUCUUGGCGCAGCAAGAGAGUGAGAUUGCGGGCAUCGAGAACGACGAGGCCUUCGCCAUCCUGGACGGCGGCGCCCCCGGGCCGCAACCACACGGCGAGCCGCCGGGGGGUCCCGAUGCCGUUGACGGAGUGAUGAAUGGUGAAUACUACCAGGAGAGCAAUGGUCCGACAGACAGUUACGCAGCCAUAUCAGAAGUGGAUCGAUUGCAAUCAGAGCCUGAAAGUAUCCGUAAGUGGAGAGAAGAGCAAACAGAGCGCUUGGAAGCCCUCGAUGCCAAUUCUCGGAAGCAAGAAGCGGAGUGGAAAGAAAAGGCAAUAAAGGAGUUAGAAGAGUGGUACGCGAGGCAGGACGAGCAGCUACAGAAGACAAAGGCAAACAACAGGGCAGCAGAAGAAGCCUUUGUAAACGACAUUGACGAGUCAUCCCCAGGCACUGAGUGGGAGCGGGUGGCCCGCCUGUGUGACUUUAACCCCAAGUCCAGCAAACAGGCCAAAGAUGUCUCUCGCAUGCGCUCAGUCCUCAUCUCCCUGAAGCAGGCCCCCCUGGUGCACUGAAGAGCCACCCCGUGGAAACACUACGUCUACAAUAUCUUAAUCCUACUCAGUGAAGCUGUUCACGUAAUUGGAUUAAUUAUGUUGAGUUCUUUUGGACCAAACCUUUUGUCUUUAGAGUUGAUCAUUGUUUGUGAUUGCAUGUUUCCUUCAACUGUGUUCUCCCUGGCAUUCAGAGAAGAGAGAGGAAGAGGAAGGGAGAGAAGCUCCCGACAGUAGCCUCAACCUGUGCUUUUGUGCAUUAUUCUGAGAAUAAAUUUCUGUUUCAAACAAUAUA